AUGUUGAAUAUAUUUAUUAAAAAAAGUUUUUGUCAUCUACGAUUUAUAUCAACAAUUGAUUUAACACUUAAUGUAGUUAUUAAUAAACCAAUUGAAUGGAAUUAUUUAAUAAAAUGGCUUGAAAAUGGACAAGAAUAUCCACUUUGGCGUGAUGAACAACAAACUCAACGUUAUAUUGAACAUCAAAUAUUAAUUUCGAGAGAAUAUGGAUCAAUGAAUGAUUUUAUUCGUAUAAAUUAUCUUAAAUGGGAUGUAGAUUUGGAUAAAUCUAGUCAACGACGUAUUGCUAUUCCCGGUGUAGAAUCAAUAAAAGAACCCCUUUUAACACCUAAUGAAUUUCCAUAUAAUUUAGCUAAUGGUAUUCAACAUUGGCUUAUAUGGUGUGAUCCAAAACCAACGGAGCCAGAGAAAAUAAUUGAAGAAGUUAUAAAUAAAGAAUUUCAUUCGGAACAAUUUGAAAAACUUUAUUUUGUUAAUCCACCACGUUUAAGAUCUGUUUCUGGCGUGUUUCAUGCACACGUGUUUACAAGGGAAAUAAAAAGAUAA